AUGGCUCUUGAGGACAUCUAUGCAAAAAUCUCAUUGGAGGAUGAGGAACAAGGCGUGGAACUGCAAGGAGAUGAUGCGAUACAGGAAAAUGAGGAGUAUCGUUACUGUCUGGUGGGGAGAUUCCUUACAGACCGUAUUAUCCACUUUGUUUCCAUGCGAAACACAAUGGCAGCCAUUUGGAGGCCGAAGAAAGGGAUAUGCAUCAAGGAUAUAGGGGCUGGACUUUACAUAUUCCAAUUCUUCCAUGCAUUAGAUAUGGAUCGUGUUCUACAGGAUGGCCCAUGGACAUUCAAUCAACACCUUCUUAUCCUAAAACAUCUUAAGGAUGAUGCAAACCCUAUGAGGGUAGACCUAUUUGAGACAAGCUUCUGGGUGCAAGUCAAUGAAGUGCCAGCCGGCUUCCGAUCAGAACGUAUUCUAAUACAUAUUGGCAACUAUAUUGGAGCUUUCCUCUCGUCUGAUUCUAACAACUUCUCAGGAGGGUGGAAGGCAUUUUUACGCAUCAGGGUUCUCAUGGACGUGCGCCUCCCGUUGAAAAGGAGAAUGAAGCUAAGAAAACCAGGGGGCGAGUGGAUUUGGGUCACCUUCAAAUACGAAAAGCUGCCUACCUUCUGUUUUAUUUGUGGCAUAAUUGGCCAUGCGGAUUCAUCAUGUGAAAAAUUUUACGAAGCACAAGGUGGGGAAAUCGAAAGACCAUAUGGCCUCUUUCUCAAGGCUCCAUCCCGGAAUGUACCUGCUUCAGUUGGCGAGAAGUGGCUCCGUAGCUCGCCGGCGGAGGACUCAGGUUCCAAAUAUGGGAAGGACGUAACUGACGCUGUGGAUGAGGAAGUUUCCUUGCAAGAAGGAGAGAAUCUUUCACUAGCUAUAAAAGGAAAAGGCGUGAUCCGCGAAUCUGCUUCAAUCAAUCCAAUUCCUGAAAAGAUGCCACCUUCAAUGCCUCAGUUAAAGGAAAAUCCUUUAUUCAACAACGCACAGGCUGGAUAUUUACAAGGAAUGGACAAUGCUGUCAACUUGGGCCUUGUUAUUAUGGACCAGAAAAGACGCCGAACAGACCCACAUACGGAAGUGAACCUCAACAAUCCAGCCUAUGAACCAGACUUAAUGCAAGAGGACCCAAAAAACGAAGUGGCGGUGGGCUCUGCUCAGCAGGCCCACCGAUCAACAUGA